AAUCCAUCAUGUCGCCUCCUCGGCAAUGGUUCUGUCUCGACCGCUAUCAUCACCACUCGCCCCCUUCCGUAUCCUCGCCAACGACCUCGUCUGUUACAUGCCUCAACUAUACGGCCCCAGGAAUCGCCCCGCCUGGUUCUCAUAACACCUCGCCUCCUGUUUGAUGAUUGAACCCGCCGAAUAGAACCGUCAUGCCCACAGACGAGCCGACCGACGACGUCAACCCCCCACCCGAGCACCAGCCAUCUUCACCGACCUCCACCACCGCCGCUACCGCCGCUGCCGAAAUCUCCCCUGUGCUGGAAACGUCGGGAUCUGAGUCGAGUGAUAAUGGAAUUCGUUUGAGCCCGGCAGCUGCCCGGCGGCUUGCUCGUCGCAAUCUCGGUCGCGUGUCCCCGACCCCCGACCUCGUUACCAGCCUGGUUCGCCCUUCGUCGCCUGAUGACGUCUAUCAGGUGGCCCAAUUUCGAAGAACAUUCAAUCCCGGUGGAGGAGCGAGUUUGCAAAUGCCACAGCCCGCUGGGUCUGCUAUUCCCAAUGCCAACGCGGAACGACGUUCGGGGCCUUUGCUGCCACCCCACCCUUCCUCGCUCGACAUCCCCAAACGUUAUGGCGGCGACUGCAUCUUUGACAUGUACUCCUUGACAUACGUCAAAGAUCCCGAUGUCAAUCUUCUUUGCCCGAUCUGCCACGACCCCCUUGUCGACCCUGUCACGACGCCAUGCGACCACACCUUCUGUUACCGCUGUUUGCGCCAGAGCAUCUACUCAAGCCCUUCCGGAACGGCUUGCCCCAUCGACAGGGACCCUCUAUUAUGGCCAAACUGCUUUAGUGCCGCUCGACUCGUGCGCACCCAGUUGAACAAUCUUAUGGUCAAGUGCCCAUAUCACGGGAGAGGAUGUAAGGAGGAGCUGCGACGCGAGGUGGUCGAGCUACACGCAACGAAUGAUUGCCGGUUCAAAGACUUUACCUGCCCUGGUACAAACUGCGACAAAACUUUACGAUCCAAGCCAACAGACGACACUUGUCCUCAUGUCGAGAUUAAGUGCUCCUACUGUCAAGCUGGAAUUGAGGCACCCGACCGUGAUUUCCAUAUGCUCUCAUGCCUCAUGACCAAAACCCGGUGUGAGGCAUGCUGGCGGCUGGUCCGACGACGUCAAAUGGGCUCUCACCAAGAGUCGGAGUGUGAUGGAAUCGUAAUAGCAUGUCCUUACCAGGAGUUUGGCUGCCCAAGUCGUUCGCUACGCGGGCUGAUGGGCUCUCAUACUGUGAUUUGUGCUUUUCAUCCCGACACGCCCUCUGGCGUCAUUAUUCGAUCUCAACGGGAGCUCAUCCAGUCGUAUAGCGACCUUGGGCAGCAAAUACAACAACUCAACACCCGUCAAGACGAAACGAACCGAAGGAUUAAUGAGGUCACUGCGUCUGUCAGCCGUCGUGGAGGAGGUGAUCCCGCUGGGGGCGACAGUCGCACCAUGCAGGACCUGGAUGCCGGCUUCGAAGAAGUUCACCAGAAUCUGACACACUUGGAGGCACGGCAGAGUAUGUGGACGAUGAACCAAGUCAUGCCGAUCCGCGAGGAGGUUACCGAGUUACGAAACAAUAUCAACAUGAUCCGGAUGCAUGUCAACUGGCUGCUCAACCGAAGCCGCGAGGAGGGCCGCAUUAGAGCCGCCAACAACUCGGGCUCAUCAACGAUCCGCCGGGAUGGACCCGGGGAUGGGGGCCAUAUGCUUCCCGAGCGUCAGAAUAUCCGCGCUCGACGUCUGGCCAAGCUCGGAACCUCGACGCCUGCUUCCUCCAAGUCCGAAGAGAACAAGACAUCCGAACCCGAGUCCUCGAACCCUUCCCGCACCUCCACGCCGAAGCCACAGACCUCUCCUGCCGCGGAGCCGUCGCGGCCCAAGAUCAACAUCACCCCGGCCGCCGGCUCGAGUCCGAACCCCUUCGCCAAGUUGGGUGUGAAGGAAAAUAACAAAUCAGAGCCGUCCAGCUCAACAGGUAGCUCUCGUUCUCCUCGUAAGAGGCUGGCUUCGGAGAUUGACGAUGCCGUUUCAGCGGACCGACCACCACAGCGUGCGAACAACGCCCAGCCCGAGUCCGACACAGACUAUGCCAACCGAAUCCUGUCCCAUAUCUUCCGCAUCUCAGUGGACCCCCAUAACAUGACAGAUAACCAUAGCCAUAGGCUGGUAUUCCUUCCUAACCUGAACGAGGAGCUCAACGACUCAGGGGAGUCAUUGAAGCUGUCCGUGAACACGCUGGACCAGGCCAUCAUGGAAGCUCUCAAUGCUUGGCCUCAAAAUAAGCCUCUCAUGCAGUACCUCCUGCCCUGCUGGAAACGCGCCGUCAAGACAGGCACAGCCACCAAGUUGACGGAGGGAUUUAGAUACGAGGUGCACGAGGAGGCGAAGCGAUUGUGCAUGAGCAGCUGUCUCUUCGCCCUCACAAUGCCAGACUUAUACGGCCGCGAGCCCAACCCGAAGCAUGACACUCUCAUGCCAUUUCUGCUCAAGGGUGUACAGAACGACGAUGGCCUAUGCUUUGACUUCAUCCGAGAAGCUAUUAAGCGUUUCGACGAGGAUGAAGCGUUCCCUGGGAUAUUCAGCAAUGCAAUGGUUCAAAUCAGCGCCAAGUUGGGGUCUAUGUCUAUGGACGAGGAUUACAAACCAUACCUUCAGGCCCUCAUGACUUACACGAGGUUCCCUCCUCUAAUCGUCAAUCUGGCAAAACAUCCUUGCUUCAAGAUGGCACAAUCUGCCGCCGGGAUUGAGAAACAUACGAUUCUCGGUCCCUUCUUCCGCAUCUCACCUUUACAAUCCGAAGUCAUCAAGAGCUACUUCCCUGGCCCCCGGACGCUGGACAAGGCCAGAAUUCGCAAUGCGCAGGAUUCCUUGCGCAUGGUAAUUCGAACUCAUCAGGAUGACCUCUUCGCAAUUGCCAAUGCAUUCAUCCGGGCCGGCCCCGACACGCGAAGUCGCACGCUGGACUGGUUUGCCUACAUCGUGAACAUGAACCACAAGCGCAGAGCUCUUCAGGUCGACCCCAGAGAAGUAGCCUCCAACGGUUUCAUGGUGAACGUGACGACAAUCCUCGAUCGAUUCUGCGAACCUUUCAUGGAUAGCGACUUUAGCAAGAUUGACAAGAUCGACGAUGAUUAUUUCCGCAAAAAUCCACGAGUUGAUCUCAAGGAUGAGACAAAGCUGAAUGCUGACCAGGCAUACUCAGACGAGUACUACGCCAAGACACUUCCCGGCGAGCCAAAUUUCAUCUCGGAGGCCUUCUUCUUGACACUCGCUGCUCAUCAUUAUGGAAGCGAAGCAUGUAAUUCUCAGUUGAAGAACUUGGACCGAGACAUUAAGUACUUGGAGAAGCACCUCAAGGCUAUGGAGGCCGAGCGUCCCAAGGUUGCCAACGUCCCACACCAGCUACGGCUCUUGGAGGAAACACUGAAGCGUCACACCAGCGUCCUGGAGAAGACUAUUGGAAUGAAGUAUGCCAUUGAGGGCGUCCUCCUAGAUGAGCGAAUGCAGAGCACCUCUUUGCGGUUCAUGCGAUAUGUUGCCGUUUGGCUGCUUCGCCUUGCGACUCGAUCCAAGUACAAGCCAGGCCUCGAGUCGAAAGAAGUCAAGCUCCCUUUGCCCAAUGAGAAGUUGGACACAUUCUCCUGCCUACCCGAGUAUGCUCUGCAGAAUAUUGUGGACAACUUCAAGUUCAUCUUCAGAUUCCUUGCCAACAUUCUCCCCAGCGCUGUGGGUGAUGAGAUGAUUGCGCUAUGCAUUACCUUCCUCCGAUCCUCUGAGUACAUCAAGAACCCCUAUCUCAAGUCGUCAUUAGUAUCGCUACUCUUUUCAGCGACCUGGCCCUUUAUGCAUCUCAAGCGAGGAGUUCUUGGCGAUCAGCUUAUCUCAUCCAAGUUCGCUAAUGAGCACCUUCUGCACGCCCUGAUGAAGUUCUACAUCGAGUGCGAGUCGACUGGUGCCGACUCAGCGUUCUAUGACAAGUUCAACAUCCGAUAUGAGAUCUUCCAGGUCAUCAAGUGUGUUUGGGUCAAUGACCAUUACAAGAGACAGUUGACUCAGGAGAGCAGGGUCAACAAGCAGUUCUUUGUUCAGUUUGUGAACAUGCUGCUGAACGAUGCCACCUACGUCCUGGACGAGGCACUCACCAAAUUCCCCAAGAUUCGGGCUCUUGAGAGGGAGCUUGAGAACCCAGCACUUCCAGCCGAAGACCGCCAGAAGAAGGAAGAAGAGCAUCAGACCCUCGCGAACCAGGCCACGUCGUUCAUGCAGCUCGCCAAUGAGACGCUCGAGAUGAUGAAGCUCUUCACCGAGGCCAUGGGCGAGGCUUUCACCAUGCCCGAAAUCGUCUCGCGUCUGGCGAGCAUGUUAAACUACAACCUCGAGACCCUAGCAGGAGUGAAGGCUGGCGCCGAGCUUGGUGUCGCGAAUAAGGACAAGUACCACUUCCGACCUAUCCAACUCAUCUCGGACAUUAUCGACAUCUAUCUCAACCUCGGUAGCUCUGCCGUUUUCAUUGAAGCGGUGGCUGCCGACGGUCGCUCCUACAAGCCAGAGGUCCUGGACCGUGUGUCCCGAAUCCUCACGUCAAAGCAUCAGAAGGAUGUAGCGGAUAUUGCCCGCUGGGACAAACUCAAGGUCAAGUUUGUUGACGCAAAGCUCCUGCUCGAUCAAGCGGAGCUGGACUUGGGCGAGAUCCCCGCGGAAUUCGAAGACCCCAUCAUGGGCGAUCUCAUGAAAGACCCUGUGCUCCUGCCUAGCAGACACAUCGUGGACCGCUCCACCAUCGUGCAGCACCUUCUCAGUGACCCUAAGGAUCCUUUCACCCGACAGCCCAUGUCUAUCAACGAUGCCAUCCCUCAGACGGAGCUUAAGGAAAAGAUUGAUAAGUGGCGCGAGGAGCGAGUGCAGGCUGCGAAGGACAAGAUCAAGGAGGCGGCUAUGGAUACCACGGAGGGUUAAGUGCGAAUGAUCAUUUCAUGGCAUAUGUGCUGUGCGAUGCUAAGGGAGAGGCAUUGAGAUGGUGUGUUACUUGGCUUAUUAUGAUGUUUUUCCUGUUUGACAAAUAGCACGCGGGCACGGCGGGUAUGGAUGGCAAGGUGAGAGAUUACAAGCAGACUGGUUUUGGCCCAAGGGCUUAAAGGGGCUAUCGGUUCUACACUACAGAUCAUGACGGG